AAUGACGUCUAAAAUGGACAAAUACAGUUAUUGUACUUGAAAUGUUCGUGUGUCGUUCAUGGGUGGUCUCUUAAUAAGUUUCAUUUUUUUCUUCAGUUCGAAAAAAAAUUCGACCGUUUGAUGACCUGGUCUCCGUUAAAUCACACGAACGAAUAAAAAAAAUGCCAUACCGAAAAUCGAUAUAAUUUAUCGCAGUUGCAUGUCCACGUAUAAAUAGAAAAUUGUAUCUCAAUACAUAAUUCAUAUAGACGCUAUAGCGUUUCAAAUCCUUUAAGCAUAAAAAAAAGUACCCGAGAGACAUAAACGCAGAUAGUAAACUUCUUUCCGUCUGAAUCGCAUAAUUUGAAUUUUCGUUAAGUUCCAUCCAGUUCGACAGUUUCGACUUGGAGUUCGAUCAACACGAACGUACGCCGUACACUAUUUCACAAUUUACGUGUUAGAUAUUCUCGUUACUUUGAUUUUGAGUUGACGUCUUCUACAUCAUAUGGUCGAUAAUAAAAAAGUCACUCGAACUCGAAGAAUUGUUGAAGAAUUUGUUUUAUGUUUAUUUAGAGGUGAAAAAACAAUGCCCAUUCUCCAUUAUAUUCCACCGAGUCCACCGUGUCGUGCUGUUUUAUUGGUUGGCCGAUUGUUAAACAUCGACUUUGAUUUACACCUAAUUGAUCUGACGAAAGGCGAACAUUUAAAACCCGAAUUCAUUGAGAUCAAUCCUCAACAUACACUUCCGACGCUCGAAGAUCAUGGUCUUGUUCUUUGGGAGAGUCGCGUUAUUCUCACCUAUUUAACGGCUGCCUACUCGAAAGACGACACAUUAUAUCCGCGAGAUGUUCGCAUGCGAGCCUUAGUCGAUCAACGUCUUCAAUUCGAUCUGAGCACACUGUAUGCUCGUUUAGCUGACAUGAUUAUUCCUGUCAUAUUCCAUGACAGUAAAUUUGAUGAAGGAAAACAACAAAGAUUACACGAGGCAUUAGAAGUCUUUGAAGCAUUGCUUAAAGGCCGAACAUGGGCCGCUAUCAACAAUUUUUCUUUGGCCGAUUUGGCAUUGACAGUGACAGUCGCACAAAUUGAGUCCAUUGAUAUUGACUUAGAACCAUACACACGAAUUCGUACAUGGUUGGGACGUUGCAAAGACUUUUUACGACCGCACGGAUAUGAUGAAAUUCAAAAGCCCGGCGAAGAAUUAUCCAAUAUGUACCGAUCCAAAAUCAACUCUUAGAAAUGAAAAUUCACAACGACGAAAACGUCACAGUUAACCAUCAACAAAUUCCUCUGCUAAUACUAUUAAGCGGUUUUUUCUUAUAUUAGUGCCACUUUACUUCAUACGAAUCAAGAAAGUGACAUCAAAGAGGAAAUUUAAAUAGAAAAGGAAAAUAGAAUUUUUGUUGAGUUGAUAAGCACCAUUUUGAAAAGAUUUAAUUGGCCAGCGCACUGAUUUAGUUUAUUUAUU